CCUGUUGAGAAGUGAUGGAAUAAUCUCUGGCCGGCACCUGACAUGUUGAGGGAGCACCCCCUAAAAGAGCUUUCCUGGGAGACAGUUUGUGAAAUAACGCAGUAACAUGUUUGCAGUAACCAGCAUGUUUUGGAAAUUUGAUCUCCAUUCGUCAUCGCACAUAGAUACACUUCUAGAGAGAGAAGAUGUAACACUGAAGGAAUUGAUGGAUGAAGAGGAUGUUCUGCAAGAGUGCAAGGCUCAGAAUCGCAAACUUAUAGAGUUUCUGCUGAAGUCAGAAUGUUUGGAAGACUUAGUUUCAUUUAUUAUUGAAGAGCCACCUCAAGACAUGGAUGAAAAAAUUCGAUAUAAAUACCCAAACAUAUCGUGUGAGCUGCUUACAUCAGAUGUCUCACAGAUCAACGAUCGGCUGGGAGAAGAAGAAUCUUUACUCCUGAAACUGUACAGCUUCCUCUUAAAUGAAUCUCCUCUAAACCCUCUACUGGCCAGUUUCUUCAGCAAGGUGUUAAGUAUUCUUAUAAGCAGAAAACCAGAACAGAUUGUGGAUUUUUUAAAGAGGAAGCAUGAUUUUGUAGACCUCAUUAUUAAGCACAUAGGGACCUCUGCUAUCAUGGAUUUGUUGCUCAGGCUACUGACUUGCAUAGAACCUCCACAGCCCCGGCAAGAAGUGCUAAAUUGGCUUAAUGAGGAGAGAAUUAUCCAGCGGCUUGUGGAAAUUGUACACCCAUCUCAAGAUGAAGAUAGGCAUUCAAAUGCAUCACAGUCACUCUGUGAAAUUAUUCGUCUAAGCAGAGACCAGAUGUUACAAGUACAGAACAGCUCAGAACCAGAUCCACUGCUGGCAAGUUUAGAGAAACAAGAAAUCAUAGAGCAGCUCCUGUCUAAUAUUUUUCAUAAAGAAAAAAAUGAAUCUGCAAUAGUCAGUGCAAUCCAAAUACUAUUGACCUUACUUGAGACAAGACGACAGACGUUUGAGGGCCAUAUAGACAUCUGUCCUCCAGGCAUGAGCAAUUCCACAUACUCUGUCAACAAAAGUGUUUUAGAAGCCAUAAAAGCACGACUUUCAUCCUUCCAUGAGCUCCUACUUGAGCCUCCAAAAAAAAGUGUCAUGAAGACAACCUGGGGUGUACUGGAUCCACCUGUGGGAAACACGCGUUUAAAUGUGAUUAGAUUAAUAUCUAGCCUUUUACAGACGAAUACAACCAGUGUGAAUCAGGAGCUUAUAGAACUUAACAGCAUAGGAGUAAUACUGGACAUGUUUUUUAAGUAUACAUGGAAUAACUUUCUGCACACUCAAGUAGAAAUCUGUAUUGCAUUGAUUCUUGCAAGUCCUCUUGAAAGCACGGACAAUGGCACAAUUACAGAUCAGGAUUCCACUGGGGACAAUCUCUUACUGAAACAUCUCUUCCUUAAGUGCCAAUUAAUAGAAAGAAUACUUGAAGCGUGGGAGAUGAAUGAGAAGAAACAGGCUGAAGGAGGAAGACGGCAUGGCUACAUGGGUCACCUGACAAGGAUAGCAAACUGCAUUGUGCAUAGUACAGAUAAGGGGCCAAACAGUACACUAGUCCAGCAGCUCAUUAAAGAGCUUCCAGAAGAUGUCAGAGAGCGAUGGGAGACAUUCUGCACAAACUCUUUAGGAGAAACUAACAAGAGGAAUACAGUGGACCUGGUCACUACCUGCCACAUCCACUCCUCCAGCGAUGAUGAAAUCGACUUUAAAGAAACUGGCUUCUCACAGGAUUCUUCCUUGCAGCAGGCCUUUUCUGAUUAUCAGAUGCAACAAAUGACGUCCAAUUUUAUUGACCAGUUUGGCUUCAACGAUGAGAAGUUUGCUGAUCAAGAUGACAUCGGCAAUGUUUCUUUUGAUCGGGUCUCAGACAUCAACUUUACCCUCAAUACAAAUGAAAGUGGCAAUAUAGCCUUGUUUGAGGCAUGCUGUAAGGAACGGAUACAGCAGUUUGAUGAUGGUGGCUCUGAUGAAGAAGACAUUUGGGAAGAAAAACAUAUUGCCUUUACACCAGAGUCCCAGAGGCGUUCCAGUUCGGGCAGUACGGACAGUGAAGAAAGUACAGAUUCUGAAGAAGAGGAUGGAACGAAACAAGACUUGUUUGAGUCGCACACCAAUACAGAAGACAAAAUGGAAGUAGACUUAAGUGAACCACCUAACUGGUCAGCGAACUUUGAUGUACCCAUGGAGACUGCACAUGGUGCCAGUCUGGAUUCUGUUGGGUCUGGUGUGUGGAGUACUGAAGCACCUAUGCCAGCAAAAGAAACUGGCUGGGCUUCAUUUUCUGACUUCCCAUCCUCUUUGAGCUCAAAAGAUUCCUUAAGAAGUAAUUCUCCUGUGGAAAUGGAAACAAACGCAGAUCCAGGUGAUCCCUUGAGUGCAAAUGUAACUGCUCUUGCAACACAGCUAGAGACCCCAGGAAGUGUUGCUAUGGAGGCCAGCUCAGAUGGAGAGGAUGAUGUAGAAAAUGCAGAUAAGGUAACUGAGACAGUCAUGAAUGGCAGCAUGAAGGAGACACUGAGCCUAACUGUAGAUGCUAAAACUGAGACGGCUGUUUUCAAAAGUGAGGAAGGAAAAUUGUCUACCUCCCAGGAUCCUUCUUGUAAAUAUGUAGUAGAAGAGAAUACAGAGGUUGCAGAAGAGGUCCCUUCAGCUCUUCAGCCUACUAACAGCAGUCCGGAACAGAGGACUGAUCAACACACCCAUUUAGGAGAGGCAUCCGUUAAUGGCCCUGUAUGAUAUGUGAUGUCUGCUACCUUGGCUGAAGAGGAAGAACUGAUGUCCAGGUGUUUAAGUAUUUCUUGAGGAUUUCAUCUAGACCCUGUUGAAGCCAGUCACUGCUGCACUAAUUUCGCAAGGAAUCAGGACCAGCAACAUUUAUAUUCUAGAUUUUAAGACAUUGUACAGAAAUUCAUAAGUGUAAAAAUAUUGCACAUUGAAAAAUACCAAUAAUUUUUGCGUAUGUUUAUAUUGUAUUGUUCUAAAUAACGGGGGGCCUGUGAAAUAAGAUCUUGCUACCCAUGUAAUGACAGUAGUGUUACUAUAGUUAAAAUGGCUGUAAGAAUAGUUUUAUAAAAAAAGUGAAUACAAAAAUCUAAUGUAUUUGAGACAUAACUAUUUGACGAUUAGUGUGACCAAAGUAUUUAGCAGUUUUCUUACAUUUUUCACCUUGUAAAAAAGAAAAAGAAAAUUCAUGUUUUUUCUGAAACUGAAAUGCCCUAUAAAUGUUAUUUUGGUUGUUUUAGCUUACAAAAGUGAUUUAAAUAAGAAUUUUUUGGUGUUCAACAUUUUACAACAGGUUUUUUAAUUGGUAAUUGUUUUCUGUAUUGUUCAAAACAGAUCAAAAAAUGUAAGUCUAUUGGUAGAGAUUUUAAGUAUUUAUUGCAACAGCUUAGUUGACAAAUUGAUGUUACUGUAAAGCCAUAUGUUCUGUUAAGUCUAGUUUGCUUGAAACAAUACCUUACAGGUGAAACACUAGAAUAUUUGGAGUGCACAUGGCUUGUUGUGUUUAAGUGGUUCACCUGCCUUUUAAACAGUUCACCAAGAUUUAGUUUCAAUACCAAGCAUUAUACAAUGGAACAUUUCAGAACAAUCUGCGUAUUUAAAACGCUAUAAUCCUUUUAGACAAGUCAAGUAAAUGAAAUGCCCGUGCUGCUAAUGUAAUUACAGUACAUGCAUUUUAAAAGUAAAUAGUGUUUUUAAUACAAAUUUUGGCAGCAGAGCAUGUUAAUUGUUAAUUUCACUGUACUGAUCUGUGUGAGGCUUUCAUUUGUAUGUUCUAAACCAGUUUUUUCACAGCUGGUUUGUGUAUAUAUAUAGUGAUUAUGGAAACUAAUUCUGUGUAAUUUAUAAUUUUCUAUGUCAGUGUAAAAUUCCAACAGCCUUCUCAAACAAACAGAAGCAAUAUACUGUAUAUUGCCACAUUGUCUGGUGAAAGGGUUAAAAUACUCCUGCACUUUUAGAUGCAAAUCCAUUUUUGUUUCUGUAAUAUUCAUUUAUUUUUUACAUCAUUUGUUUUCCUGACCAGUAUUUAAAGCCAAAAUGAUACUCUAAACGAUGGCCAAUGAUUUAUUUUAGAAGGCGUCCCAAGCAACGUGCCUAAACAUUACAUUGCAUACAGAAAUAAAAAAACCCACAUGUAUGUCAUUGCCCUUAUUGCUUUCUCGCUUGGAUUUUCUGCAAAGUUCAGUGCACUCGUCGUUGGAAAUUCUUACACACUGAUCACUUGUGUGAAAAUUGAGGGCCAAAACCACAUUAUCAUAGGUGGACUUGGUAGCUAUGGUUGCCCUUUUAUCUGUACUUUAUUGAUGGAAUCCAGUUAGUUUCUCAGUUGUUCCUUCUUCAGUUUGGAAUUACUUCCAGAUCAGCUUGACCAAAUUGUUUUCUAUGUUAGCUCUAAGGUUGGCAUCUGUCCUGUUGUCACCUUCUGAUCUGUUACUGAACAAGCAGUUUAGGAAACAAAACUGCUCAUUUCAACACAUCAAUUGCAGUCAAGUGGAAAUUCCAAAUACAGGCUAGCAACAGGAUGGUUGACGUAAGUUUGAUGCUUUUAAGGAGUAAAACUUCUGUCCUUUCCAAUGAAGCUAUUUGUCCCUUGCUAACAAGUUGAUUUAUCUAGUUCUACCUAGCCAUGAAAACUGGAGAACAUAGUAGUUGAAAUUGAAUUUCGACCCUGUUGCCUGCAGUUAAGUAGUCUUCUAGUGUUUGUCCUUCUGUUAAUCAACUUUUAUACCAGUCCACUAUCCAGUUCAUACUGAGCUCAAAAACUGAAAAAGAGGAAUAUUUUGUGUUGCACUCCAUUUCUGAUGAGUAAUAUGAGUUGAGUGGAGAUGUGGGAAGUGGUGAAUGGAAUUCACCCUUCAUUGUAGUUUGCUGUCUAACUAAAAGGGUGCAUUAGAGACAAACUAGGUUGGCUUACCUAAAGCUGAUUUGAGGGUUCUUCCUUACUGUUGCAUUUAUUGUUUAUUUUAACAGCUUCUGUGGGAGGUGAGAUUUGAUGUAGUGUGAGCUUGUUUUGAGGAGGUGUAGGGUGCGUUUUACCCACUAACUGUAUUGGUUGUACAAGGAAUCCUGAACAUGAAGGGAAAGCUUUGGAGGUGUGUUUGGCGGGGGGGGGGGAUUUGUGGGUGUGUGUACAUACACAUGCACCCUUUUGCCAUCUUUUAUCAAUGCUGCUGUUGAUAUGCUGCUCACGUGGCCUUACGGAGGUUUGAGCGUACUGGGAGAAUCCUGAAAGGCUGUUACCCAACCUGUUUAAUCAAGUUUGACUUGCAUGCAAUGGAAUUUGAGUCUUCUUUAUGUGAAGGUAUUUUAGUGCAUUUGCAACAUGGACUAAAGUGUAAUACCUUCAUAUAGGUUUGAGUUCCUACAGUGUAUUUAGCAGGAAUUGAUGUGAAUUAAGUUUAUUUUGAAGGGCUUGGACACUGCCACAUUCCACAGUGCUCUUCGAAAUGGCUGAAAGCGCAGUCACUUAAAACUGAGGAAUAGUGAUGUCAGUUGAUAUCAAAGGGCAAUGGAUUUAACCCUCAGGACCUCUCUGGUAAAAGACUUUCACUCAAGCAGGAGUGUGUUUUGAAAGUGGCUAGACCAGUAAUAUAUGCAGUAGCUCAUUGUCUCUUCACACCUGCCAGAGUGGAUGAAUCAUGCCUUCUUGACCAACUAAGCAUUGUUUUUAAGUGUAAGCCCUGUACUAGAUUUAUAGCAAGAUUAUUCUAUUUAAGUAAAAGCAUAAGCCAUCAUCUAGACUAGCAUUGCUAUUAAUUAAGCAAGCAUUCCCUCGUUCAGUGAGUUGACAGGCAGUCACUGAGAAGACAGCAGGGUAGUUAAAACAAUUUCAUUAUGUCAUUGCACAUGCAAUCCAGUGUGACCAUGCUCUUGAGUGAAGUCUACAUUUUUGCACCAAUUAAGCCUUGUAUCUACCUCUUGAAAACAGUGAGUUCUGUAUUGUCAUCCACAUACUUCUGUGGAAACUUACUGUGACAUUCAUUCUUUGUGUGUGAAAUCCACUGAGGAGUUAUAAAAGAUUUGUGAGGAAGAUGAAUCAGGUUGUUGCUGUCAUUCAUUAUAAACUUACCUUCCUGUUUAAAUUAGCAUUAAUAUCCUUGGAGAUUAUUUUGUUUUGUGACAUAUGUCUUAUACAGUUAUAUCAGGAAGUAUUUACUGUAUAUAACUGGCUCUAUUAAUAGACUUAAUCACUUCUGACUGUCUCAGAAUAAAUAGUGCUCUCUCGAGUGUA